CCGCACAGCAAACGUUCACAUCACAGAGUAUAUACACAGCAACGAAUGUACAGUGUGUGAGUGUGUAUGGACUAUAAUACCUAGGCAUAUAGAUAUUCGCUGUGCUAGUGAGAGCAGAAGAGAACAUACUGUGGAUAUAUCCUGGGUGUAUACUCUUGUUGUCGCAAAAGUUUAUCAUUCUUAACAGAAAAUCCAGAUCUCUUUGAAAGAAGAUGGCGAGCGGAGAUAAUAUGGAGGCGGUCGCGGCCUCAAUGACCCGGAUGGAGAAACUAUUGGAGAAGAUAGAAGACAACGGACGAACAGAAGAUGUGGUGCACAAGAAACGUACGGAUGGACACAAGGUAUAUUGUCGGAUGAGAGUAAACAUUAUCACGAUCGGAGACAUUGAUACCAUCAGAGAGGAGUUUACAUGUGAACUGGCCCUUACUGUCAAAUGGAAGGAGCCUGCUCUCAAAGGGAUGAAAGCAGAGGACAUUGAUUGGGGUGAACAAUGGGACCCAAGGAUCUAUUUCUUCAAUGCAGUGAGCACCGAUAAGUACGAAGUCAAGAAACGACUUGGUCUCAAAUCACCAGACGAUGACGAAGAUGAUCCCGUACCCGAUGCCCAGCUAUCGAUCAGAAUGAAAGGAGUCUUCAAAUCAUCUAUGAAACUGAAUGAGUUUCCUUUCGAUUACCAGAAUCUGACGAUCAAAAUCAUGUCCGACUGGCCGAGGAAAGUAACCGAAUUCUGCAAGGAUAUGAGCCAGAAAGACAGUGUCAGGACUGAUACAUUCACGGGUGAGCAAGAAUGGGAACUACAGAAGCAUGUAAGCGCGCAUCAGGUAGAGGAAGAAAAGAUGACGUCAGGAGCAGUGAACGCUUACCCUCUCUACAACGUGGUAGUGAAUGUGAAGCGAAAGGCUAGUUAUUACAUGUGGAACGUUGCCCUCAUCAUGUUCCUGAUCACUCCCCUGGCUUUCACAUCUUAUGCUGUCAGUGCAGACGCACCCGAAGAUAGAUUAAGUGUAACGUUAACACUGCUUCUUACCGCUGUCGCCUUCAAGUUUGUUGUGUCACAGAGCCUACCGAACACAUCAUACCAAACGCUUCUCGAUUACUACGUGCUAUGGUGUAUGAUGUUCUUGUGCCUUGUUGUAGUCCAGAAUGCCGUGGCUUCUUUGUUCUCAAGUGAUAAGGUUUGGGAGCACUUUGAUUUACCAUCUCUCUGUGUCCUUGGUGGUUUAACCGUCCUUGUCAACAUCAUCUUCAUCAUUAUCUCAUGCUAUAAGUCCCGCAAAGUUGGUCACCAGAUGCAGCAAGCCACCAGCAAAUACAACGAUCUCUGUGAAGAGAUUAAGAGCAACAAAGGACGAAGCAGGAACUACAAGGAGAGUACCAUGGGUGAAAUGAGCAUUCAAGAGGAGAGGGCUCCCCUGUCGAACCCGGACCCACCCCGAGAGAAAGGCCGUUAUGAGAAGGUUUAAAAACCGCGCCACACGGAAGCAAAAGAGUGCACCACUUUCACUUCAUAAUAUACUCUCCCAUGCAUGCGUCGAUAAAUAGAAUGAUGACUCAAUAAGAAAUGUGCGAAUGGUUCUUAAGGAAGGGGAAUUGUCUGAUUUAGUUUGCCUGUCAAGAGAAUAUACAGAAAAUGCACAUCAAAAUACCUACAUCAUUAGUUGGCAGAAAAUGUAGAAAUCCCCGUCCUCUUCUCCUCCCAUGAUGCAAACGCAACGUCACCUGUUCAUUUCACCCCUCCCCUCUUAGUGUAGCUUAAAAUGAUCUUACCGUGAUUUUUUGUUUCUUCUCUUCUUUUUCUAUCUUUAUUUGGCGCAAAUGUUAUAUUACAGCAGGGUGUGAUUAACGUCACAAAGAAUAACAUAUAACCAGAUUCUCAAUAAAGUGUUGGGUUCUUUAAAUGUUUUAAGAAAAAUAAUGACAUUUUAUGCAUUUUGAUGAUGAUGAUGACGAUGACGAUGGUCCUAUAUGCUCGGACGCAUUUAUGUUCUGAUUUACCUAAUUCAUAGGGAGAACUUGUCUUAAAUGCUUAAAUGCAGUUUUCACAGCAUUUCAAAAAUAAUGGAUUUUUUAAAAUUAUUUUAUAUAUCACUGUUACAAAGACAUGUUACUUACGGUUUUCUUCAGGCAUGUGUUGAUAAUUAUAUUGAUAUGCUUAUCAUAGUGGAAAUUGGUGUGAUGAACCACAUUAUGGUCGAGAUUUUCAGAUUUGUCUCUAGAUGCUUAAAAAGGUAUGAGCGGGUUUUUUUAAGUUUUACAUUAAACCAUGAGUUGCGAUUCAUUUUAUCGGAAGAUUUGUUUUAUAUUUAUGCAUGUGAUUCUCGUUAUGCCUUGACCAGUAGUUGGGUUUAGGUGUCAUGUAACCUAACUAAAAAAAAAAAAAUUCAGUUCUAUCAUAUGUUUAUAGUUGUGUCAAAUUAUACUACCGUGACUUUAGUCUUUCUAUGAUAUAUUCAUCUUACAAUGUCUCAUGCUUUUGUCCAUGAAGAAAGAUCGCAAAAGUAAUAUGCAAUGAUCAUGGUUUAGGUACAUACUAUAAUAUUUUUUAGAAAUAUUUAUAUUUGUUGGUGUUCUGUAUACUUCAUAACCAUUUAUGAGUACAUGUUUAAUGGAUUAUAGAGAGUAUUAUUGAUUGUAUGGGAUUGAUACACUUUGUUUUUUGAUGAAGAAAGUACGUCACUCGGUUGCGCUUCUCAGCCGUUUUUAACAUGAUUUUUAUACGCCGUUUUAAUUUGUUUUAAUGAAUAGAUAGGGCGGUACACGUCUUUGUUAUUUGAUGUACUUAACAGUAUGAUUUAGUCUUACUUAGUUUAUUGUACUUUUGUCUUGCUUUUAAAUUUUACUAUUGCAAAACAUAACAAUAAUGUUGUAUCUUUAUUCAUUUUGUUCAUGCAUGGUGUCGAUUCUCAACUAUGAUGACUAUCUGGAACAUGGUCAACAUUUUAGUGUACAAUGCGGCAACCAUACGAGAAUAUUAGAGGACUAUAGACUUAGCAACUUCUGAUGAUUAUUUUGACAAAGAAAUUUAGUUUUACGCAUUAGGGAGCACAAUCUUGUAUAUAGAGGAAGGAGAUGUAAUGGAAGAACUGUAAAUUCAUGUGGGCUUUAGAGGACAAUGCGUUAUAAAGACGUUACCUUCUCAUUGGAUUUAUUAAAAACAUGUACUGUACAAUGUUUACAGCAGACUGCAUGAGUAACGAACGUCUUUAGCUAAUUUGUCUUAUUCAGACGCCUUUUUAAAAUUUGCGAUAUAUAAUUAUGUUCAAUUAUAAAAUAGGCAAUACUUCCGGAAUUUUCUCUACGUACUGUUAUUUUAUCCCUUAAGAUUAUGUAUAUCUUUAAUAUAUCUUAAAUAUAUAGAAAAUAUAUGAUGUAUGCGUAGCUUUUGAUUAUAUUUUAAGAAAAAUACACACUUUUCC